AUGAGAGAUCGUUCAUCAUCUGAAGACAACAAUUAUGCCAAAGAAUCUUCUAGUGCUAAAAAAUAGUAAGUCUAAAAGAACAAACAGAACAACUACACUUUUGAAGACGGGCAGUAUUUUUUUGAAGUAAAUACUGAUUUUUUACUAAAUUUUAAGUUAACUUCAUUUAAAAAAGUAUCUGUAUCUAAGUUCAAAGGGAAUGUGAUGAUAAGUUUAAGAGAGUUCUUUAGCAAAGAUGGAUAGUCGUUACCGACCAAGAAAGGAAUAACAUUGCAACUAGAUAAUUGGGAGAAAUUUAAGCAAUACAUAGCUGAAAUUGAUGAAUGUGUAAAUAAAUUAAAAAAAUGA